AUGUCUCUAAGCUUCCACCUCUCCUCUCGCAUGCCGAGCACCUCGAAACUCCCCAGCCAUUGUGGUGGCCCCGAGGUCGGGAUCACCGAUCUCGGGGCCGCGGAGGCGGACGGCAGCGACGGUGAGCCCCCGGCCGUGCCGGCGACAAAACGAGUCAUCGUGGUGGGCGCAGGUAUCAGUGGCUUGCGUGCUGCAGCGACGCUCCUUCGUCACGGGGUGGAAGUAGUGGUGCUCGAGGCCAGAGACCGCAUCGGUGGUCGGGUUCUGACUCGACGGGAUGAACAUGGAGGAGUUCGGGAUAUUGGCGCUGCUUGGAUGCACGAGACGUCCCAGAAUAAGAUGGUCAAGCUGAUCACAAAGCUGGGAAUCGAGUAUUACUACGACGAUGGAGCGCCACUUUUCUACACCGAACAGGGCCGCGCAGGUGCGCAGUUCAAGGCGAAAAAGGUUGCGGAUGAAUUCGCCGACUAUGUUGCCUGGUACUAUGAGACCAAUCCCGAUGCGGAGGACCGACCGGCGGAUGAAUUCAUGCGCGAAUUCGUUGAAAACCACGAGCUCAUCUCGGAGGACGAACGUGCGUGGGCGCCGCAAGCGUUCCGGGAGGUGGAGCUGUGGCUAGGCACGUCAACCAAAAUGGCGUCUUCGAAGCAUCUCAGUUAUUUCAUCACCGAGCGGAAUCUGUACAUGAAGGGUGGAUAUGACAAGAUCGUCGACUGGACAGCCAAACCGCUCCUCGCGACCCCUGGGAUCGUGCGACUGAACCAGUUCGUGAAAGAAGUGAAUUGGAAUGAGACUGGCUCCCAUCCUCUAUCCGUUCUCUGCACUGACUCGACGAACGCACCGCUGACUGUGACUGGUGACGCAAUUGUGAUGACCGUGCCCUUGGGCGCGUACCACCACAACCUGAUAUCCUUCCAGCCUCCACUGCCGGAAGACAUUCAGCACGGAAUAUCCCGAUUCAGCUACGGGGCGUUGGGCAAGGUCUUCUUCGAGUUUAGCGAGAUCUUCUGGUCCAAAGACAACGACCAGUUCAUCUAUUAUCCAUCCCCACCGGAGGAGAGCCAGUACGGCUCGUCCACCUCAUCACAUGGCUCGUCGAUGUCGACCCGAGCCCUAGCGGACAACAUUCUCGCCUACCCGACGGUGACCAUCAACCUGUGGAUCAUGACCUCCAGCAAGCAGCUCUGCGUGCAGAUUGCGGAGCCCCUGACGCAACGCAUCGAGGCGAUGACCGAUGAGAAAGAGAUCUACCGCUUCUUCGAACCCUUGUUCAAGCUGCUCCGCACGGAACCUUACAAGGCUCUUCCGCGUCUUCUGAGUGUCGAGACCACGCGCUGGACGCAAGACCCGCUGGCGGGAUACGGAACCUACUCUGCUGACAAGGUGGGCGACGAGCCUGACAUGCUUAUCGAGGCAUUGGAAAAUCACAAGACAAGUCGUCUGCAGUUCGCCGGCGAGCACUGCACCCUGGUGGGCAACGGAUGCGUGCACGGCGCCUUUGCCACGGGCGAAACCGCCGCGAAGAACCUCCUUGAUAACUUUGGCAUCCCCUUCGACGGAGGGGACAUUGCGAGUCUCAACUAG